ACUUCUAUGUGUAAAAAAUGUAAGUAUUCUCACCUAUGAAACUGUAAUGAAGUUUUUAAUAUCUUCCUUUCCUAUGACUGGCUAAUAACUGCAAGAACAAACUGAACAACUCCACAACAGGGAGGAGGGUGUCAAGAUGAGUCUUCCCUUGGAAGUGCACCAGCCUCUCUGGAGUGGUACUUGCUGUCCCGACAGCCUCCAUGGUUGCAUUUGGGGAUUUAGACACAGUAGGCUGACUGUGUUUUCUUUGGGAUGCUGGGUAAAGGGGAAUUGUUAAUUGUUAGUUUAAUGAAGAGCCUGCAAUAUUCCAUCAGGUCUCUUGGGGUUGUUCAGGGUCAGUGAUUGUGUUUUAUUUUAAGGUAUACGUGGCUUGCCAGUCGAUGCUUAUUGUGCUCGUGGGAGCUGUGCCCAAGUACCAUAUCGACCAGGAGGGAAUUCCAGCGAGCAGAGCUGAGCUUGCCAAGCACAUCCAUUUUGCCAGUAACUUCACGUCCAUCGUCACCGAGUGGUACCUCAUUGACCAAGAAACCUACAAAGUAAGCCUUGCAUCAUCCCUGUUUUUUGCUGGAUUGCUCAUUGGAAAUAUCACAUUUGGCCCUUUGUCAGAUAAACUGGGCAGGAAACCUGUGUAUAUCUCAGGUCUCUUUUUUGAUGUCAUUUUUGGGUAUGUCACAGCCUUAGCUCCGAAUUAUGACGUAUUUGCGGUUUCACGGUUUUUUGUUGGAAUUGUGAAUGGUGGAAUGGCUCUUGUGUCUUUUGUCCUAACACAAGAGUAUGUAGGAAAAUCAUUCUGGUCAUUUACAGCUUCCUCCCUGCAGGGCCAACCUCCUGAUGGACAAGACAAGACAGGCCAUUUCCUGCUGCUUGUUGCUCUGGGUUCAUUAACCAAUUUGACAUUUGCAGUUGGCAUUGCUGUUUAUGCUUUGCUGGGUUACUGCAUCAGAGAGUGGCGCUACCUCGCCUUCGUGUCAAACACUCCAGGAGUCUUCUUCCUCCUCCUCUCCUUCAUGCUCCCGGAAUCUCCACGGUGGCUCUACGCCCAAGGGAAAACAGCAGAAGCUGAAUAUGUGUUGCAAUAUAUUGCCCUUGGUAAUGGAAAAGAGAGAUUAAAUCUUAAAUUGAAACCCAGUGCAGGAACUCUGAGGAAGGCUGAGUCGUCAUCUGGAAUCCUGAACUUGGUGCAACAGCCGGUCCUUCGGUGGCGAACCAUCCUUCUGAUGUACAUCUGGUAUGUCUGCAGCUUUGUGUACUAUGGACUAACUUUAAAUGCUGGUGAAUUAAGAGGAAAUCUGUAUUUAAACGUGGCUCUUUCUGGUCUUGUAGAAGUUCCAGCAUUUCCUCUCUGCAUGUUUUUUAUUGAGAAAUCCUGGUCUGGAAGACGUAAAACUAUGACGUGUUUUCUGACAUUUGCAGGACUUGCCUGUGUGUUUUCCAUGUUUUUACCAACAAAUGCUGGUCUCCUCCUGGGUCCCACGAUGUUAGCUCUAUGUGGAAAAAUGAUGGUCAGUGCUGCUUUCAACAUCCUGUAUAUUUAUACAUCUGAGCUGUACCCAACAGUACUGAGAAAUGCUGGCUUGGGUGUCUGCUCCAUGUCUUGCAGAUUUGGGGGCAUUUUGGCUCCAUUUGUGCCAUCUAUGAAAUCUCUCAGUCCUUCUGUGCCGUUUGUGGUGUUCGGAAUCACUGGACUGUCUGCGGGAUUCCUGACUCUGCUUCUGCCAGAAACACUAAAUAAGCCAAUUGCUGAGAGCACUGAAGACCUCCAGAGUCCCAGAUACCAAGUGCUUAAAAAUGAAGAGGCAGAGCAAAGCAGUUAGAAGAAAACACUUGAGUUUGAGGCCUGUCUGGUGGAAAAUGAAGCCUCCAUUGAGAAGGUGCUGUAACAGCUGAAGGGCAAAGUGCUGCUCCCUGUGUGUGACAGCAAACACUCCAGGACUCAUGUAUAAUGCUGUUUGUAGCAUGUUGAACAGCUCUGUGUGGAGGCACAUGGAGAAGAUGGAAGGAGUUGAUCAAAGCUUGUGAGAAAAGAGCUGACAAAUCUGUGCCUUAAUUUAAUGACUUAACAAAAGCCCACUUCAGAGGUUUGGACUUCUCUACAGCUUCUUGAAGUGAAGUACUAAUUUAUUUUACAAGACGUAAUUGCUAGCUUCAGAUGAAGCUAUGAUGUUGUAAUUGAAGUGGUGUAUAAUUUAAAAUUUAGGUGGCCUCAUAUAUUCUGUCAAGCUGGGAACAUGAGAAGGAGAAGCAUCCUGUAUAUGCUAAUUUUCUCUACAGGUUUUUUGCCUCUAGACUGCAGUGUAUACCUCACAGUGUGAAGAGACCAAAGAUCUGUGUGGGUUGUUGGCCUUAUGUUUAAUGAUAAGAAAUCUGAGCAGGAGACCUGAAAGGAGAAUAAAUGGAUUCUGUUGUGGGAGAAAGCAAGUUUUUGUUGGAGAAGAUGCGUUAAAUGAAAUAUAAUACUGGAAUAUUGGAAAAAUUUUUGGGACUUGAAGAGUUGCAUUUAAAGGAGAGAAUGAGUAACCUUUUUGACAAAGGUUA